UUUACAAAAUUUAAUUGUUUCGGCCCCUCCACCUUCACACAUCAACUACAACUGCAACGCCAACAUCACAAAUUAGACAAAAUGGCUCCCGCAGCGACUGGCGCGAAGAAGCAGAAGAAGAAGUGGUCGAAGGGCAAAGUCAAGGACAAGGCCCAGCACGCCGUCCUGCUCGACAAGACCACUUCCGAGAAGCUCUACAAGGAUGUUCAAUCAUACCGUCUCGUCACAGUCGCCACCCUCGUCGAUAGGCUAAAGAUCAACGGUUCGCUGGCACGAAAAUGCCUGAAGGAUCUUGAGGAGAAGGGCCAGAUCAAGCCCAUCGUCACCCACAGCAAGAUGAAGAUCUACACCCGAGCUGUCGGUGCCUCGGACUAAACCAUCACUCUCACGAUACCAUGAUGAAGAUGAUAUUCGGCCGACAGUCGACAAUAGAGUUUGACGGGCCAGAUGGAUCGCGGAUACGGCUUUGAUGGAUUCAGGCAUUUGGUCCUCGGCGUAGCAUUGGGACGGUUAUGGUUCGGAAUUUCGCUUGCAGUUGCAUUCAGAUAGGGACCGAAUGAGAAACCCCGAUGAAUCUGCGGAUAUAUUUUCGUCUGAUUUACGUACUAUCGAUCGCUGUGCUAUAAACAUUCUUGCUGUCUACGCGUAUAGUAGUAAUUCUAGGCCUACGAUGUCUUCCAA